AUGCCCGGCAUUCCUCUCCAAAGGGCUUCAGCGACGCCAGCGUCAGGUUUGAACGGCAGCCGAGCCGGGAUGUUCCCGAUCGCUUUCGGUCUUUGGCUCCAGCUCCUUCUCUGCCACGGAUUGGCUGAAUCCACCUUCUUGGACAAUGCCUUUCCCUUGCAAGCAGCACUGGCGCCUGUGGAACACAAAAACAGAAGCAUUAACAAAUGCUGUCUCUUGACCCCUCCACCACCCCCGAUGUUUCCACCACCCGUCUUCAGGGAAAGCAAAAGUCUUGAAGAAAUAAAUUUGAAGAACGUACCAUUGAAAAUAAAGUCAAAUGAAUCGUUAUGUAAUGUAACAGGUAUAAUUGGUCCUCCUGGGCCUACAGGUCCCCAGGGCCCACGAGGAAUUCCAGGAAUUAUGGGACCAAAAGGGGAGACUGGAGAAAUUGGAAGACCAGGAAGAAAAGGCAGUGCAGGCUUACCAGGACCCCUUGGAAUGCCAGGGCCUGCAGGCCCUCCAGGACCAAUUGGGCUCAAGGGUGAAAUGGGAGAUAUCGGAUUAACAGGAUUGCCAGGCGCUAGAGGACCAAUGGGCCUCAAGGGUUUGACUGGACAAAAAGGUGAAAAGGGUAUAAUUGGUGAAAAAGGACAACAAGGAAUCAAAGGAGAAAUGGGUGUAAUGGGUCUUCCUGGAAUGCUGGGACAGAAGGGAGAAAUGGGUCCAAAAGGAGUAACUGGAGCCCCUGGAUACAGAGGACCUGUUGGUAGACCUGGCAAGAGAGGAAAAACUGGACUAAAAGGAGACAUUGGUCCAGCUGGCAUUAGAGGACCUUCAGGUCCACCAGGACCAGCUGGUCUUCCUGGACCUCCCGGGAGACCUGGAUCAGGCCGCGUAAUGGUUGGACCAAAGGGUGAAAGAGGAUUUCCAGGGCCAGCAGGUAGAUGUUCCUGCAAUCUCCCUCAAAUUGUAGGCACCUCAAGAUAUAAUGAAUUCUCGUCUUUGUUUAGUCCUCCACAAGUCCCAGCAAUAUUUGUUGUUGAUAGUGAAGAAGAGCUGAAGAAGCUGGACACUGAAAACGUGAUGGCCGUCCGGAAAGAUCAAAGAGCGCUGUACUUCAAAGACACGCGGGGAUGGCUGCCCAUUCAGAUCUCUCCCGUCCAGCUAAUGCCUCAAAAUCCUGCAGGAUUCUGUGGAGAUGCAAUAGUUCAAGUAGAAAAUGGUGAAGAAUGUGAUGACGGUAACAAGAUUGUGACCGAUAGCUGUAUAAAUUGUAAGCAAGCCUACUGUGGAGAUGGAUAUUUGCAGAGGGGACAUGAAGAAUGUGAUGGCAAAGAUUUUGGUUACCAAACCUGCAAUAGCUACCUUCCUGGGUCUUAUGGAGAAUUGAAGUGCACUUCGUAUUGUUAUAUUGACUCCACGAGCUGUCACUAUUUCACAUGAGCCAAAGGAGUAGCUGCUAGAAAACAUCUCACUGCAAUACAGUACGUUCAUCUGGUGCCUCAC